AUGGCGUGUUUAGACCGUUGGAUGUGGUGGACAGUGACGAUUUUGCCACGUUACCAGCUGCGAAUACACGCAAGCCGUGCGGUUAGCGCCUUGGUAGAACCGGCUGUGACGAUUAGUGCAUUAACAGCUCAUGUGAUCCUCCGUGGAUUAGCUACUGAUGGGAUGAAAGUUUUUUCCGAGUCAUUUCCACGUCAGGAUUCUGCAAGCGAUGCUUUGCUGGCGUGUGAACAAAUUUCAAUUUCUCUUAACGUUGGCACCGAAAUAUUGGUUUCUUGGGCCAAUGAAACUGCAUAG